GUGUAUCCUUUAUGAGAAAAAAGUUCAACUUUUACCAAGAUGAUAAGCAGUGUGGUAUCUGAUAGAAUCUCAUCAUCAUAUGUCCUUCAUUGCCUGGAACCCUCUCACAGGUCCAGCUCUGGAUCUCCAUCACAGGGAACCACCAGUAUCUGUAGAACCUCAUUUACUUAACCAGUGUAAUAUUUUACUCCUCCUAACCCUCUGAGUUGAGGAACGUUCCGAGGAACCGCCCCACAUUAGGAUCGACUGUCCAUGAGGAGAUGAGAAACCUGGUCCUAAUGAGAACUUUCAGCAGCUUCUCUUUCAUAGAACAUUGUCAGGUUAAUAGAUCUCGAUAGGCUAGAAAAAGUUGUGAUCUAACUAAAUUAAGAUGAUGCACACAAACUGGGGAAGACCUGAGAUCAUACAGUUGUGCUUGAACGUUUGGAAAUUUUGAUAUUUCUGCAUAAAUAUGAACUAAAGCAUCAUCAGUCGUGAUACCAGUUAACAGUUAAAGAAAAAAUGGAGUUCCUGACCUUAAUCCAACAGAAACGGACCUGAAGUGAGAACUUCAUGUCACCCACCAACAUUCACCCUUAGAGAUGAAGCUGUAAUAUUCCUCCAAACCAAUGUGGAGAAAAGAAAUAAAAUAAAUGAUCAAGUAUAACACUUUUGUCUUCAUUCAUUCAAUUUUUUUUGUCCACAUUUAGAGAACCAUAAUGAUUAAGGUCAUAUUUAUGCAGAAAUAUAAAUAAUUCUACACUACCUUUCAAGCUCCUCCUCGCUCUUGGUCGCCGUCCAUUGUCUGCUUUUCAUUCUCAGGGGUCAAAUGCGCAGCCUCAAGGGUGGUCUAAUUCUUCUCUGUGGUCUAAUUGUUGGAACUUCUUCAGAAACAGAAGAAUGCUGUCAAUCUGACGAUCCAAGAUGGAAGGAAUGUCUUGAAGAACAUUGCGUCAGACUUGAUAUCUGGUAAUGAUAAGUCCCAGAAAUGUUGGGUAGACAGAGAGGUGUGAGAAGAUUAAGCACUGGCCAGCAGAGAGGUGGUUUCAUAUGGUCAGUUUGUGACUUUGUCGAAGGUCUUGUCAUGCAAAUGAAUCCCUUGAAGGAAGGAGGUGUGGAAUGCAACCCAAAACCAUAAAAGAAUAUCUGAAUCUAUAGUAUGACCUGUCACAUUGCACCUCAAGGAAAACAUUACGUAUUCAAACAAGUUUCUCAACAUAUCCAGAGGAAAAACAGCCUCACAUUGUUUCACUUUAAUGAAUAAACGACAUCGUUGGCAAAAUAUUGUUUAUUUUUUAUUGCACUGUGAAUGUUGGUAUCAUCAGACAUUCUGACUCCAGUUAAAAAUUAUCUUCUAUCUUCACUGGUCACUGAGACUUCAAGACAGGAAGAAUGAAGACCUGCUGCAUAAAAAGAGCGCCAUGUUGGGAUGUUGAGGAGACUCCAGUUCCAAUUCAUCCCAGUGGGGUUUUGUCAGAGUCAGGGCUCUAGGCAGGACACUCCAGUUCUUCAUGUCUUCAUGGAGCUGCUUUGUGGACAGGGCCAUUGCUCCAUGCUGGAGCAGAGUUUGUAGCUCCAAUGAAGGAAGGGAAAAGUGUAACACUAGAGGAAACAUUCUAGAUAAUUGUCUUUGUGGAAGCAGAUAACUGAUCUGAUGGUCAGGAGAGCACAUACUUGCACAACUUCUUCACUUCUUUUUUUUUUUUCAAAGGACUGUGUAUGACCAGCUCACGGCGCACAUUCUCUGCCUGUCACUAGGGGGCAGUAGAGAUCCUAGUUGUGCUCCUAUGAAAACAUGGCGGACAUGUCAAACAGACAUAUGCAACUAACUGGAGGCACGUGAGCAUUAAUAACGUGCUGAUUAAUUGUGAGCAGUUUUUUUGAGUGUGCUGUAGACCGGUGUUUCAUCAGGCGAGUGUAAGCGGUUAGUUUUAGUUAAACGUUUAAAGUUUGUGUUGCUUUAGUCGUGAUCAGUGUGAGGCGGAUUCGAACCGGUGGAUGUCUGAUGGCGGGGAGCUGAGGCGGCUGCUGUGGCGUGGACGAACACGGUGCUGAUGUGCUGCUCUGAAGGCUGUGCUGUGAAACCUCAUUAAUGGGGGUUCCCUGCAAACCCGACUCAGAGGAUCCGAUUAAACAGUAUAUCCACAUGGAUGGUGGAAGCGGUGGUGACGUGGAUCGAGAAACACUAGAGACCAAAGUGCUGCAAGACUCUGAUAAUAAAAGUAACAUGUUUGAAGAAAAGCAAGAGAUGCAUGAAGGACAGACAGCAGCCAGCUCUCAAGCUCCCUCUGAUACUGACCAGGAGGUUUUACCAGCACCUGUGAAAUCACAUACAAGGGGGCGUCCGAGAAAAUCGACGAGAAACGAUUUGAGUCCAGAAAAAAAAAAGAAGUCUGUCACCGGUGAAGCAGCUGAUAAUCAUGACACUGCUGUCAUUCCUGAAAGCUCUGACGUGACUUCGAGUGGACGACCGAAGAGAAAAGCUGCCAAAGUUGCUCUGGAGUACCUUCACAAUAUAAGCAAGGACCUUGAAACUGAAAUAUCGGAGAAAUUUUUCACAAAGAGAGGGCAGAACGGCGUGGAGCGCUCCAGCAGUCCCACUCCGAGAAAAGCCUCAGGAAGAGGGAAAGGGAGAGGGAAAAGGAAAGCUCCGGAUUACGACAGCGACCAGAACGACGAUGCCGACUUUGACCCCGGGGACCAGAUAGAGGUGGAAAGUGAGGAAGACGAAGACGAGGAUGAGGAUUUUGCAGAUUUGGUGUCAUUUAGACAAAAGAACAAAAAGAUGCCGUUUAACCACAAGGUGGUUGGAAGUAAUGGAUUUUCCAGCUGUACCAUGCAACCUGUUUGGACAUCCUUUAGAAGCACCAAAGAGUUCCGAGAUCAGCAUUUCUCCCCCUGGGUGUUUCCUGAGUGGAUCCCUUCACUCAGCGACUGGAAAAGAUUAUGUGACAGGGAGGCGGAAAAAUAUUUACCUCAGGAGAAGGAGUCGAUGAGUUUUAUGUUAUGCCGUGAGGGAAUCAAGGGUCAGGCUCCACUACAGAGAGUUAAAAGGUUUGAGUCGGUGUCCCCGAAUGCAGAAAGGUGGGACUCUCUGUUCUUCGUCGGGGGCCCCGUCUGGGCCAUGGAGUGGUGUCCGGUCCCUGAAGGUGCUGCACAUACGCAAUACGCUGCUCUUUACUGUAACAGAAAUAUGGAUGACCGACACAAAGUGAACAUGCUACACACAGGACAUGCUCUCCUCCAGCUGUGGGAUCUGGGCAAGCUACAGAUGUGUAGACCUUUAUCAUCCCCGUGCUUAGCCUAUGCCCUGGCAGUGGAUGACGGCUGCAUCUGGAAUAUAAAGUGGUGUCCUGCAGGAGCCUGGGAGCUUCCUACAACUGUCAGAAAGGCUCCACACCUUCCACGCCUGGGUCUGAUCGCUGCAGCCUUCUCUAAUGGGAACAUAGCUGUUUACAGUCUGCCACAUCCAGAACAUCUAACAUCUCAAAGUCCAGCUACAGGAGAAAGCAGCCAGACGCCUCAGAUAUACCGGGUACAGCGCAUCAUGACUGUGAAGGUUGGCUCGAGCCAGGCAGAUCACAGUGGACGCAGUGGACUGUGUUUUACUCUCGACUGGCUCCCAGUUAAACCACACAACCUCCUGGCUGCAGGCUUCUGUGAUGGUACGGUGGCUUUGUGGGAUCUGAGCUCGACAUCUCCCUUACUUCGAGUUAGAGCUCUGGAUGGAUCUUUCUCUCUCUACCCCUACCACUGCUUCCUGGCUCAUGACAGCAGCAUCUGCCGCCUGAGCUGGUGCAGGGCCUCGAGUGACCUGAUGGUGACCGUAGGGGAUGAUCGCAUGGUUAAACUGUGGAACCUGACUAAGACCUACACUUCCCUUAAGGCAAUAAAGCGCUUCCUGCACACCGAUGUGUCCUGGCCUAUCUUUUGGCCAGGAGUUUUUGUCACCCAGGAGUCUUGCUAUGCUACGCUUGGCCAACAAGGACUUCACUACCUUGACUCAGGUUACUUUGGUCACAAGCCUUUCUUUGUUUGUUCCAGGAAAGCUACUGUCUGGAGCUUCUCAGUGUCCGACUGGAUGAACUCCUGUGUCAUCGGGGACAACAUCGGAGAGUUUGUUUACUCUGUGCUGUGUGACCCAAACUGCAACUACAGCAACAGCAAGAGACAUCGAUUUCCGGUGUAUAUGGCCGAGCUGGUGCCGUUCGAGCCUGGGCAGAGAUCCGAGAACGCACAGCAACAGGAGGAAGAGGAGGAGGAAGAGCGUGACUCGGUGCAGCAGGAGCCCCAGACCUACAGAGGGGCUGUGAGAAAAUACUACCUCCGCUUCCAUGACAUGGACCUUAGGUCUUUUAUAAAAUAUAAGCAGAGGCCUAUAGUGAAGCAGCUGCACACCUCAGAGACUAAAGGUCUGCUUUCUGUGGAUCAGAUGCCUCUCAACGCUCUCUACAAGGUUUGCUUCAAUCCAAACAUGGAUGCUCACGGCUGGGUCCUGUCGGCCGGACAGUCGGGACUGGUGCGUGUCCACUGCAUCAGCGGCCUCGAAGGUCCAGUCAUGCACAAACUCACUCGCGAGGCCCAAGCACAGUUUAACACCAUGUUCCGCUCUCAGGAAAAAGAGCCGUCCGCUACAGCCGUCCGGCAGCACACGGCCGAGACGAUGCAAGUGCCCUAGACGCUGGAGAGUAAGCCAUGGAAACACAUGCGACAUGCUGCGUUCGUUUAAAGUCCAGUCCUUUGAUUUUUCUCUCCUACGACGAUCAGAUCUUUUUUCUUUUUUUUUUUAAAUCCUAACUUAUUUUGGAAAAGAUUUAAUAGCGCUAUUUUGAUACAGAUUGUGAAGGUUUGUAGGGUUUUAUAUUUUGUGCACAUUGUUUUUAUUGGUUGUUGUGUUGUACAGUGUCAUUACUUCAACAGCACUUUUCAACUGCUGCAGAUCUUUUUCUAAAAUGAAGAAGGUUCAGGUUUUAUUUAUAUGCGAACGUCUCUCGGUGAAUUAAGCGUUUUUUUGUAAGUUGUGUUCGUGUCUUGAUUAAAACAAUAUAU